AUGGCCCCGCCGUACGGCUUCCAUACCACUGCCACCGAGGUCGCCUCGGACCUCGCCUCCAGCAUCCGGGGCAAGACGGUCCUCACGACGGGCGUGACGCCCAACAGCCUGGGCUCGCACUUCGUCGAGACCAUCGCGGCGCACGCGCCAGCUCUCCUCAUCCUGGCCUCGCGCACGCAGGACACCAUCGACGCGACCACCGCCGCCAUCCACGCCAAGCACCCAGACGUCCCAAUUCGAGGCGUCGUCGUCGACCUCAGCGCGCUGGCGUCGGUGCGGCGCGCGGCGGACGAGGUGGUCAAGAUGCAGCAGGACGAAGGUAUCGUCAUCGACGUGCUCAUGCUGAAUGCCGGGAUAAUGGCCUGCCCCUACGGCACCACGGCCGACGGCUUCGAGCGCCAGUUCGGCACGAACCACCUCGGCCACUUCGUCUUCGCCAAUCGCAUCAUUCCCGGGAUGCUGGCUAAGAGCAAGCAGCCGCGUGUGGUUGCGGUGAGCAGCGAGGGCCACCAGCUCGGCCCCAUCCGCUGGGCUGACCCGGGCUUCCGCGGCGGGGAGUCGUACGACAAGUGGCGCAGCUACGGGCAGGCGAAGACGGCGAAUUGUUUGUACGCGUGGGCGUUGGCGGAUAAGCUGGGGGCUAAGGGGGUGCUGGCGUUCAGCUUGCAUCCCGGUGCCAUCAUGACGAAUUUGGGGAGGCAUAUUGAUAUCGAGGGGGAUGAUUGGUCGGAGUUGAUAAGCGUGUUUGACAGUAACGGAAACCCGCAAGGCUCUAAGGAGUACUGGGAGAAGACCCCGUUCAAGACGCUGGAUGAGGGAACGUCGACGCACGUUGUUGCUGCGUUUGGGAAUGGCCUUGAGAAGGACAAUGGCAAGUUCUUGAGAGAUGCACAGAUUUGUAGCUUCGAUAUGGUCGGUCCUUGGGCGAGGAACUCGUAUGAUGCUGAGAGACUGUGGAAGAUGAGCGAGGAGAUGGUUAGUGAGAAGUUCAACUUCUGA